CUCGAACACCUCGCAAUCACUUGCUUGAUUGCUUCCCCCCGAAGUGGUAUUUGCUGUGAGCACAGCCGCAACAGUCCGGGUUUGAAGUCUUCUGUUUCUGUCUUUGAUACGUUCUUCUUCUAUGUCCCCGGUGUUCCAACUUACCUUCGUCGCGGAACGCGAAACGCGUCGGAGACACGACUGGGUCUUGUCCACGGACCCGAUAAAUCCUCCACAGUAGUCGGCCACUCAGACCCACCCAGCCAGGCAUACUCCGUACCUUAUAAUUAGGUAAAACCAUGGCAGCAGUGAAAUGCGAGCCCGUGGACGAAGCCGGCUUCAAAGCCGAUGAGCAGCAUAGCCCAGCACCGACCGUCAGCUAUCUUCAGCAGCUCGUCUCGGAGCAUGCCACAUCUCCCGACCUGCUCGAAAAGGGUGUCGGGCUCGGCAUACGGCUGCUCAAGUCUCUCAAAGAACCGCUGGAAGCCGUGGCCCCGCUCAACACCACGCAAGCCUCCCAGUGGCUGAAAUCCAUUGGAGAUCUCGAGGCUCUUGCGGCGCCCACCAGGACAAUUGUUGGUGUCGUGGGCAACACGGGAGCCGGGAAGUCGUCUGUGAUCAGCGCUGUCCUCGACGAGGAGAGGCUCCUCCCGACCAAUUGCAUGAGAGCUUGCACCGCGUCUCCGACCGAGAUAUCCUACAAUCACUCGGAGGAUCCUGCAGAGCUGUAUCGUGCCGAGGUCGAGUUCAUCACCGUUGACGACUGGGUCAAGGAGUUGAGAGCUCUCUACAGCGACCUUAUCGACGGCAAUGGCGAAGUUUCGCGGGAAUGCGCGAACCAGGAUAGUGAUGCUGGCGUCGCAUAUGCCAAGAUCAAGGCCGUCUACCCCAAGAUGACCAAGGAGAUGAUCACGCAGACUACGCCUGAGGCCCUCGCUAACGAUGUUGCCGUCCGUUCGGUUCUUGGCACUGUCAAGAAACUUCGAGCAACAACCGCCGCAAGCCUGUACCGCCAGUUGCAAGACUAUGUUGACAGCAAGGAGAAGAAUACCGAGAAGCGCAUCGAGUUCUGGCCGCUGAUCAAGGUUGUGCGCAUCUACACCAAGGCCUCCGCGCUGGCCACUGGUGUGUGUCUCGUCGAUCUUCCUGGCGUCCAAGACUCAAAUGCCGCGCGAGCAGCUGUUGCAGCAAACUACAUGAAAGCUUGUACCGCACUCUGGAUUGUUGCCCCUAUCACCCGUGCUGUCGAUGACAAGACUGCCAAGUCGCUGCUUGGCGACUCGUUUCGACGUCAGUUGAAGUACGACGGCACAUACUCUGCUGUGACCUUCAUCUGCUCCAAAACGGACGAUAUCUCUGUUACCGAAGCAGCUGAGAGUCUGGGCAUUGAGGAUGAGAUCUCCGAGUCCUGGUCCCGAAUCCAAGAGCUUUCGGAAUGCAUCAGACAGCAGAGGUCCGAUAUGGCCGACCUCAGAGACGAGCGAGAUGCGUGCAAUGAUCUGAUUGACAACAUUGAGCAGACCUGGGACAAGUGGGAGGCUUUGGGCAGCAAACUGGCUAACGGGACCGCCGUUUUCGCUCCAUCCAACUCGCCCACGAAGAAACGCAAGCGGCAAGCAAAGCCCAAGGGCAGUCGCAAGAACCGCAGCUCCGUCGAUCCGGACAGCGACUUUUCUGAUUCUGACAAUUACGACGGCAGCGACAAGGAAAAUCAGGAGUCGCCAGGCGGGGAUAGAGAACCGCUCACUGCUGAUCAAGUUGACGCGAAGCUUGCCUCCCUCAAAGCCGAGAAAAAGGAAGUCCGCGCCAAGAAAAAGGAGAUCGAGGAACGGGUUUCGACCAUCCGCGACGAGAUUAAGAAGCUUGUCAGCGAGAGAGAAGUCCUCCUUGCCGAGGUGAAGGCCAUUUGCAUACAAGGCAGGAACGAAUACUCGAGGCGGGCAAUCAAGCAAGACUUUGCCAUGGGCAUCAAGGAACUCGACCAGGAGAACGCCGCGGAGGAAGACGAGGCCACCUUCGAUCCCGAGGUCGACCUGCGGGACUACGAUGCCGUUGCAGCGUCUCUCCCCGUCUUCUGUGUCAGCAGCCGUGCGUUUCAGAAGCUGAGCGGUAGACUGCAGAAGGAUGACUUUAACGCCGCCGGCUUUCAGUCAGUCGACGAUACCGAAAUUCCCCAGCUGCAGGCGCACGCCAGAAAACUCACCGAGGUCGGCCGAGCCGCCAACUCCCGGCGGUUCCUGAAUAACCUGGCGCAGCUCCUGAACUCGAUGUUAAUGUGGGCCUCGGAUGAUGGGACCGGCUCAACCCUCUCGGACACAGACAAGGCCGAAGAGGAGAGGCGCCUGCGGAAGCAACUGCACAGUCUAGAGAAGGAUCUCGGCAUUGCGCUGCAAGAAUGCACCGCUUCUCUGAACCAGGUACUUGAGGAGAACAUUUUUGAGAAAUUUGAAAGGUACAUACCUAUGGCGGUCGAUGCGGCGCUGCCAACUGCGACGCAGUGGGGUGCUCCACGGUCCAUGGGCGGGUUGUGCUGGGCAACAUACAAGGCGACAUGCAGGCGGAACGGAGUGUUUUCUGGCAGCUCGGGCCCUCGAGACUUCAACGACGAACUGUUCAGCCCUAUCUCGAAACAGCUGGCGAAUGGUUGGGAACGAGCCUUCCAGCGUCGGCUGCCAUCCACUUUGGACAACUUCAUCAAAGCUCUGAGGAAGCGCCUGGAGACAUUCCACCGCGAGGCAACAGAGAGGGCGAGGGAGCGCGGCACCCACUACGACGGACUGACCAUGCUGGCGCAGCAACUUCAGGCUCACUCGAACGGCAUCUCUGACAUUAGGGAGGCCGUCAUCGAGGCGACGCAGGAACUGCAGCGAAAUGCCAACAGAGCCUUCACGCCGGUUAUCCAGCAAGAGAUGAUUCCGGCUUAUGACGGCUGCUUCGCAGAGCGAGGUCCUGGCUCCUUCAUGCGCAUGAAAGAGCUCAUGCAAAAGCACGUCACCGAGAACCGCGAUACCAUGUUCCGGAUGGCCACCGACGUCGUACGGAUUCAGCUGCUGUCGCUCUGCCGCCAGGUCGCUGGGGACCUUUCCGCGCAGGUUAACGACCUGAAGGCGCAGCUUGCCCGGGACUAUCUGGCGGUUCUCGUUGGUGCUGACGCAGCUUCUAAGGGACCGUCUCGCGCGGAGCUUAUGCUGCGUGCCGAGAUGGCCCCUCUGUUAGCCAAGGCGGAUCAAGUGUUCGCUGAGCUAAUCCCUGAUCAAGCCCUCCCGAAUCAUGGCGGUUCGGCUGCGCGUCGAGAAGUUGAGGACAUUCGGAGCAACGGGCCUCUGAAGAGCGAGUCUGAUGCGACGAUCCAGGAUUCCAUCAUGGUCAAGACGGAGCCGGAAGAGUAAGGUAGGGGUUUUCACUGUUAGUGUGUGGGAGAAGUCGGCCAUGCCGAUCCCAAGUGUCAGCUCGUUGUGAUUUUGUUCAAAUCUUGUAGCCCCUUUUCUUUUUGGCGGGAAGAACGGCUCCUUGCUGGGUUA